GACGAGCGCACGAAUGAUAUUACGGAUUGCACCAGUGUCGGUGUUCAGUCGAUCGCGCGAUGACGAUCGAGCCGCUGCUCGCUCGCUGGCUGUUGCCGUUGCUGACCGCCGGCUACGUUGCGGCUACUGCCACUGGCACCACCACCACCACCGCGGCGACCGUCAAGGCCUACGAGAACGACACUGUCUUGCUGCCAUGUCACGUCGAGGAUCUCGACAGUCUGCAAACUCGAGUACGGUGGUACCGCUCGAACGUGAUGAUAGCGGACAGCGACGAUCCGUCGGUGCAAGCAGCCACGUCACCACGUGUCAAGAUGUGGGAUAACCGGAGCUUGGAAUUGUUGCAAGUACGCCCGGAAGAUAGCGGCGAGUACAUAUGCCAAGCAACGAGACCCGAACCUUGGGGCCAUGUCACCCAGGUCCACGAGAUCCAGGUCAUGUAUCCAGCGAGCGCAAAACCAAUCCCGGAAACGGGCCAAAUCGAAGUUGCACUCGGCGAGGAGGCCGUGAUGACGUGUCUGUCCGAAGGUGUGCCCAAGCCCGUACUUGCAUGGAGCUUCCAAGGUGUGGAGCUGCCGGUCCUCGCGUCUGGCCAGAAGCUGAGGAUUCAUGCCACCAAUAGGAGCUUGGCUGGACUGUACACGUGCGAGGCGAGCAAUGGCGUGGGCGAACCCGCUAAGGCCAACAUUGAAUUGAAGAUUAAGCACAAGCCGGAAGUGUCGGCGCUGUCGCGGUGGGUGCACAGUGCGCCAGGCGUACGUGCUCAAUUGGAUUGUCUAGUAUUGGCGUUUCCCGAGGCCAAAAUAGAAUGGCUGUACGAGGGCGAGAAGUUGGCGCGCUCGCAACGAGCCUUGAGAUACAAGCAAGACCGGGGCGAGGCGCAACUGCACAGCUUGGUUAUACGUACGGUGCAGGAGCACGAUUUAGGCCAGUACACUUGCCGCGCCACCAAUGAAAUCGCCAGCGCCGAGGCUAAUAUCGAGUUGACGGCCCUGGCUAAGAUGCCAGUAUUGAAGAAGGAGUCGAGAAGUUCGUCCAGCAACAGCUACAACUUCAUCUGGGAAGUGGACAGUAACAGUCCCAUUGUCGAGUACCAGUUCUGGUUCCGACAGUUGGAUAGCCGCGAGGAGUGGCAUCGAUUGAUCAUCCCGAGCAGCGAAGAAGCGGCUGGACCGUUACAUGCUCACUCGUUCAAUCUGACCGGAUUACAGCCAUCCAUGAGAUACGAAGCUCUCGUGCUUGCGAGGAAUAAGUUUGGCCUGAGCAGCCCUUCCAAAAUCGUCAGGUUCUCUACUGGACAGGAUGCCCCCCCGGAAGAAGAGGCCUACAAGACGGACUACAAGUCGGGCUACGUCGUCGAGGGGAAGUUAGAAGACUCAGGUGAUCAAGUGACUCAGGACUCGCAUCGAUCCAAUGCGAAUUUAAAUGGUCGACCUGUCGAUGGUCACGUUCUUCUGUCAGUGUUGCUGUGUUUUACCAUCUGCAAGCUCAUCCAUACGCCAAGUUGAAGUCUUACUCUCUCGUUCUCCUCAUCGUUAUCCAUUUGCUCUGUAAAUCGGAAUCUUAUCAUGGAAACACAAUAAAUUUUCAUAUAUUUUUUA